CUCUCGCUCUCGCUGAGUAAAGAUUGAAGUUAAAAUUGGAGUUGGAGUUCUCAAAGCGUGGUUUCUGCAGUUCAUAUUCAGUAAAGUUACAAAUAUAAAGAAAGGGGACUUGAGUUUCAGGCAUAUACCAGAUACCAUCUCCAACACCAACAGAAUGGCUGUCCAGGUUUUCAUGGAUUGGAAGGGCAGACCCAUCAACAAAGAGAGACAUGGUGGAGCCAAAGCUGCCUUCUUCAUCUGCUUUAUGGUGGUGAUGACAAACAUGUCCUAUGCACCAACCUUUCUAAACUUGGUGACAUAUCUUAGAGGUACCAUGCAUAUGGAUGUUGCCACUGCCUCCGCCACUGUCACCAACUUCUUUGGUGCUACAUGCGCUUUCGCUUUGCUUGGUGCCUUCAUCUCAGACUCUUACAUCACUAGAUUCAAAACCUUACUUCUUUUUGCUCCUCUUGUUUUCCUCGGCUUUAUAAUGCUUACAUUUCAAGCAUAUUUCCCAUCACUUAGGCCACCAGCAUGUGAAACCUCUGGGCAACAAAGCAACUGCAAACAAGUCCAUGGCCCCAAAGCUGCUGUUCUCUACAUAGCUUUGUACAUGAUAGCCAUAGGUGAAGGAAGUUUAAGAGCCAACCUCCCACCAUUUGGUGCUGACCAGUUUGAUGAGGAUGCUAACAGCAAGUCCCGCCGCAAAUCGAGCUAUUUCAACUGGUUAAAUGUUUCCAUUUUUGGAGGAUCAGUGAUCGGUUUAAUCCUGAUAGUGUGGAUUGAGUCCAGCAAAGGAUGGGUUGAAGGUUUUGCUUUAACUUCAGGUGUUAUGUUACUAGGAAUCAUAGUAUUUGCAUUUGGUAUUAAAUUCUACAGGCAUCAAAUCCCAAGUGGAAGCCCUCUUACUAGAAUGUUGCAGGUUUUGGUGGCUGCAUUUAAGAAGAGAAAUCUUCCCUUGCCGGAAAAUGGAGCAGAAUUAUUAUACCAAGGAUCUCUUGAUGAAGAGGUGAUAGGGGAGAUACUCCCACACACACAGAGUCUCCGAUUCCUGGACAAAGCUGCAAUUCUGAAUGGACCAAAAGGGAAUUGGUCUCUUUGCAGUGUGACCCAAGUAGAGGAGACUAAAAUUGUCAUCCGAAUGCUCCCGAUAUUCCUAAGUGCUUUAUUUGCUUACAUUCCCAUACCACAACUCUUGACAUUUACCAUUCAACAAGGAG